AUGAACCAGCUCCGUCUGGAGGCGGACUCCGCCACUACCGAGGCCAACGAGCUCAAGGCCAAGGUCAAGGAGCUCGAGCAGGAGAACCUGUCCAAGGAGCAGGAGGUCACGUCGCUGUCGCACAAGAACAGCCUGCUGGAGGAGGAGGUCGCCAAGCUCGAAGCCACCAUUGCCGACUUCAAGAAGGCCGCCGACGAGGGUCUCCAGCACGGCACCCAGAACGAGACCCUGACGCGCCGGCUGCAGCUGCUCGAGGAGGAGGCCGAGCAGGCCGACAAGACGCUCCGCGAGACCAACGAGAAACUUCGGCAGACUGACGUCAAGGCCGGCCACUUCGAGCGGAAAGUGCAAGCACUGGAGAGCGACCGCGACCAAUGGGAGCAGAAGUACGAGGACAUGGCCAACAAGUACAAGGCGGUGCAGAAGGAGCUGGAGGAUUUCCAAGCCGAGAUUGGUGCGAUCUAA